CUCUGUCAGACAGUGACGUAACCUCACAGCUAACGUUAGACGGACGGUGUGAAUCUCCGGGCACAGAGACAUUGUUGACGUUUUUGUUUUGAUAGCUUUUGUCUGGAUUUUUGGACAUUACGCCGACAUUUUGAAGCCCGCCUUUCGACUCUACCAUCACGCCUCAGUGCGGGGAUCCAGCAAAGAUGAAAUGGAUGUUUAAAGAGGACCAUUCCCUCGAGCACCGAUGUGUGGAGUCAGCCAAAAUACGCAACAAAUAUCCUGACAGAGUACCGGUGAUAGUGGAGAAGGUUUCCGGCUCUCAGAUAGUGGACAUUGAUAAGAGGAAGUACCUGGUGCCGUCUGACAUCACAGUGGCCCAGUUCAUGUGGAUCAUCAGGAAACGCAUCCAGCUGCCUUCAGAGAAAGCCAUCUUCCUCUUUGUCGACAAAACUGUCCCUCAGUCCAGUCUGACUAUGGGGCAGCUGUACGACAAGGAGAAGGACGAGGACGGCUUUCUGUACGUGGCCUACAGCGGAGAAAACACCUUUGGUUACAAGGCCUUUUAUACAACACGGGGUUAACGCUUCAGCGACUACCAGUCUCUCUCCAACACAUACACACACACACACAUACAGUGACACAGUAGAGCCGACAUAAACUGGUGCACAGUGUUUCAAAUAUUGGCCUUUUUAUGUGUUAAUGCACCUAAACACUUGGCACAGUUAUUUACGCUAGAUUUUUGAUACUAGAAAGAACACAUUUAUGGUGAAAAUUAACGACACCACCCAGUAAACUUGCUCUGAUUUUUUCUGACAGGCUCGGAUGAUCAUUAUUGUCAAGAGAUACUUGAUUUUAAUGGUGUGUCUUUUGUUGUGGUUACUGUUUAAAGGUCAGCUGUGGAAAGAAUAUCUUAACACUGCCGAAAAAUAAGAAUAACAAUGCACAUUACAGGCAUGUCAGAUAUCAUUAAUUUCCCAAGUAUCGACAUUAGUAUUAAAUUAAAAAAAUAUAAUAAUGUAGGCUCUGACAGACACACAAACACACACACACACACACACAUGCCAAUCAUCACUCAUCAUUUAAUCACGCUACCCUUUCUUUCUUUGUUGUCACAUAUAUUUGUGUUCAGCUGAGGUGAGAAAGAAACCCUAUAACCAUGUGACUAGAAUCAUUAACCACAUUAUGGAUGUAUUUGUAUGGCUCAUCAUAUC